CAUACUUUGAACAAAUGGCCUCCCCCGUAUAUUUUCUCUCUCUAGUUGCUACCCCACUCUUUGAUCUUUUUUUGAGUGGAACCGCCAAGCAGAAGCAGCCUCUCUUUUAGAGAAGAAAAAGGCUAGAGAACAACCCCCUUUCUUUCUCUCUUUCUUUCGUUUUCCCUUUUCUCUCUGUUCUUUCUCUAGCCAAAAAUCUCUUCAAACAAACCCUAAUUCAGCUUUUAACCCCAGAUAUAGUAAAAAGGGAAGAGGGAAACACCAAAAUAAGCUGUUAUCAGUUAUAUCUCUCUUUAUAUUCUCUCUCUCUCUCUCUCUCUCUCUCUGCCAAAGAAAGGCAAAAAAAAAAAAAAAAAACCCCAUCAAUUUCAUUGACUGUGCCCUGCUUGCUUAUUGAUUGUCCUCUUUUGUGACACUUCUUUCUUACCCAUUUGCUCAAAGACAAACCCAAACUCUUUGCAGAUCAGAAACCCAACCAAAAGAAAUAUAUAUUUUUAAGAGAUGAGUUCUGGUACUUCUCCAUCCAGAAAGCCAGAAACUCUAUCUCUCUCACAUAAAUGACUCUGUUGUGUGUAAUGGAUUCCGGCAACACCAGCGGGAGUAUGCAAUCCUCCAGCGGCGGCGACGAGGAGUAUGAUUCACGCGCCGCCGAGUCGAUCUCGGCCCUCUUGAGCAACAACCUCCCACAAAACGACGUCGUUCAUCACCACCAUCACCACCAACAUCAAUCUUCCAUGUUCGACCCGCUCUCCAACUUCUUCGACCCGGUCUCGUCGUCGUCGUCGUCUCGGUCUCUCAACCCAAACCCCUUCCUCAAUCUCGACAUGGUCUGGCCCAAACCCGUCAGAUCCGACCCGAACCCGAACUCCUCCGAACUCGUCUCCUUAAUCCCCUCAUCUUCCCAACCUAAUUUCUUCUCAAGUAACAACAGCAUUCAGCUAGGUCAAACCGCCGUCGCCGGAGCUUCUAAUUUCCCGGCGAUUCAGAUCGCUCCGGAAAUUCAAACUCGAUCCCAAAUCCACCGUCUUCCGUCGUCAUCGUCCGCUGACCGAAACGACGCCGUUAAUAUCACUCCCAACGGCGGGGCCGCCCCGCGGAACCCGAAGAAGCGGUCGAGGGCUUCACGGCGGGCCCCGACGACGGUGCUGACGACGGACACCAGCAAUUUCCGAGCCAUGGUCCAGGAGUUCACCGGCAUCCCCGCCCCCCCGUUCACCUCCUCGCCGUUCCCCAGGACCCGACUGGAUCUGUUCGGGUCGGGCUCGGGCAUCAGAUCAGCACCGUUGGAUCCUCACCAUCAUCAUCCGUCGACAGGUACUUCUUCCUAUAAUCUCCUACGACCGUUCGCUCAGAAGAUUCAGCAAACGACGCCGUUUGUCAACACCAGUGCUUCAUCCUCGUCUUCUCCGUCGACGACGACUUCUAACAGUCUUCUCAAUAUUCAGACCAACCCGGUUCUGAGCUUCCAUUCUCUUCUCCAAAACGCUCCACCGAAAUUCGCGAAGAUGGGUUCCACUUCUGCUUCUGCUGAUCAGUUUGGGUUGAGCCAUGGACACCAUGUUAAUGUUAACCCUCAGCUCGGUGGCAUUCCGAAUCCUCCGACAACGAUGGCGACAACGACGGCGACGAAUUGGGGUAUUACUACUGAUCAUGGGAUGGGAUCAAACGAUAACAACAAUGGAAAUAAUGGAAACAACAGUAAUGUUGAUGAAGGUCUUCUUUUGAGGUCCAUUAAUGGCGGAUAUACAGCUAAUACUACUGCAGCUUCGGCUGCGGCUGUUUCGAAUGGACAUAAAGUGAACUACUCAGCUUCUUCUUCGACGGAUUUUCACGGCAGUAAAACGGAGAUUAAUGUAGCAGCUAGAAGUGAAGGUAUGGUGGAAUCAUGGAUUUGUUCUUCAGAUUAGCCAUAUAUAAAUAUAAUUAAAUAUUUAUUGUUAUAUAUAAACCAAAAGAGAGAAGAAAAAUCAUAGACAGGAAUGAAUGAAGCAUGGUGAUUAUGAUGGUGCAUGAAAGAGGGGUCUUUUGUCUCUUUAGUCCAUCUAUCUAUACGCCAUGGCUGCCAACAUGAUAAUCAAACACUUUGUUUUUUUUGUUUUUUUGUUCCUUAAUUUACAUAUAUGUAAAUAAUAACAUGUUUCAUUUUCUCCUCACUUUUUAAGUACAUUACAUAUACAUAUAUCUCUCAUUCAUCCAAUAUUAUACAAUCCCAUCUUGCUCUUGAUCAUGAUCCGUCAGUU